GGCCAGGCAAGGCCGGAGCCCGCCAGUGUGGUUGGAAACGUGACAGAGGAAAGACGUAACUCCAAGCGCUUUAUUUCAGGAAGAGACGAUCCGCAAUGUCACAUGUGCUCAGCGCCGCGCCUGCUGUGGCACGGUGCCUGCCCUCGCACUCGGCCUCGGCACGCAGGUGGAUCAGUCGGAAUGUACGAGGCCGUGUGCUAGCCAUCAGACGUGAGGACCAGAGUGUAUGGGAGAGAAGAGCGCCCCUCGGGCCAUCGCAGGUCAGGCAGCUGGUCAAGGAUGGAGUCAAGGUCAUUGUACAGCCUUCAAACCGACGCGCUUACCCAAUGCAGGCUUAUCAAAAUGCGGGCGCGAAAAUACAGGAAGACAUAUCCGAAGCGCCCGUUGUCAUAGGCGUCAAACAGGUGCCCAUUGAUCAGCUAAUACCCAACCGCACCUACUGUUUCUUCUCGCAUACUAUCAAGGCACAGGAAGCAAAUAUGCCCCUCCUGGAUGCCAUUUUAGAAAAGAACAUCAGACUGAUCGACUACGAGAGAAUGUGCGACGAGCGAGGCCAGAGAGUAGUCGCCUUCGGAAAAUACGCUGGUGUUGCGGGAAUGAUCAACAUCCUCAAUGGGCUUGGACUCCGACUCCUUGCCCUGGGCCACCACACACCUUUCAUGCAUAUUGGACCUGCACACAACUACCGCAACACCGAAAUGGCAAGACAGGCCAUUCGUGACACAGGCUACGAAAUAUCCCUGGGAAUGAUGCCAAAAUCCAUUGGUCCACUGACUUUCGUGUUCACAGGAACCGGAAACGUGUCGCAAGGAGCACAGGAAAUAUUCCAGGACCUUCCUCAUGAAUACGUCAGCCCUCAGGCCCUCAAGAAGGUCUCCGAACAUGGAUCGCUGAAUAAGAUGUACGCGUGUGAAGUCAGUCGCCAAGACCAUCUGGUGAGAAAGGACGGAGGCAAAUACGAUGCGGUCGAGUACGAGGAACACCCAGAGAGAUACAUUUCCGUUUUUGCGCACAAAAUUGCUCCUUAUGCGUCUGUGAUCGUGAAUGGCAUAUACUGGGCUGUGAACUCCCCUAAGUUAUUAACAAUUCCAGAUGCUAAGUACCUUCUACAACCAGUCUACACGCCAUGGCUUCCAACAUCGAUCGGUUCCCCCGCCUUACCUCACCGAAUGUUGGCCAUCUGCGACAUCUCAGCUGAUCCCGGCGGCUCCAUUGAGUUUAUGUCCGAGUGCACGACCAUCGACACACCCUUCUGCCUGUACGAUGCUAACCAGAAUAAGGACACGAACAGCUUCGUCAAUGCCUCUUUGACUUCCUGCCUACUCAUAUCACAAGAGCUCCAUCCUCAAAAACUGCUCUUGGAUUUUCCUUGUUCAACAAGGAUCCGAAGUAGAUAUUCCAUCUGUCCCUGGGGCCAGAUUCUCAAACGCGUUAAAGCUCCGUAUCUCCUUAACCCAGUCACGCCGGGGUACAUUUUGUAG